UGAUAAUUACCGAUUGUCCUCCUUUCGAUAGUCGUGCACCUACCCAUAUCGAAACCCUCCCGAUCUUCAAGCCACCACCAGUGAUCAAAACAGCCACCAUCUCAACUACUCCUGGCUCUCUCCUCGACCUAUUUCGCACACCAAUAUGGCUCCCAAACCAGCGAAGAAACACUCCUUAGACGUUCCUCACCUCACGGCACUCGAGCUUCCGUUGAAGGUGCGUAACGUGGACAAGGCGACUGGCUUGCUCGGCGGUCAGCAACGGAUCGCGAAGGCAAUCCAAAACCCAAAAAUGAACCCGUUGGAGCUCCGGUUGCGAUCGGCAAAGGACCCAUACCACCACCCACUCACAGGUCUGGUAAAUACGCAGAAACAAAAGAUCUUGCUCAAAGUGUCUAUCCCCAAGGCACAGCUUACGACGGAGAACAAGGCGGCAUUGGCGGGGCUCCGGAUCUCCGAGGUUUUGGGCAACAUCCAGAAUCCACACACAGUAAAGAUUGAGCCGAUUGCGAUAAUUGACCGCAACUUUCAGUUUCGCGAAAUGGCGGACUUCCAGUACAUUACGCGAAACGACGCGCUCACGCAACAAGUGAAAGAGACGGUUUUUGCCGGCGAUUUGGUGAAAAUCAAGGAGUUUACACAGGAAAUCUUCAACUCCACACACGACCCGCAUGAAAACUACACCAACAAGAACAUCAGCUUGCCCCCGCCGUGCCGCUUCUCACACACCAAUGUGCCGCACAACUACCAGUACAAGAAAAACCCGGCGAUUCAGGUGGUCAACGACCAGGGCAAGUUGAAACUCGUGUCAAAAACGCGCCGGAUCAAACUCUACACAUUAAUUGUGAAUAUCCUGGGCCCUACGCCGCAGACGCCGCACCCGGAGUUGGUGAAGAAGUACCGCCAGCUCGUGGAGAUGAGAACUGAUCCGUCCGCGGGGGAUGACAAGCUGCACGCAAAGAGUCUCCAGACGUUGGAGUGCAUCGAGCUCUUGCGUGACUUGUUUGAGCAGAAGCCGGUGUGGAUCAGACGCCAGUUGAACGCGGUGGUGCCCGAGAAGAUGCGCUCGGUGUUGAAGUACGCGUUACCACACUUGAGCUACAUUAUGCGCAAGGGCCCCUGGAGACAGACCUAUAUCAAGUUCGGGGUCGAUCCGCGGGUGGACCCGGCGUUCUGGAAGUACCAGUCCGAGAGUUUCCGGUUGCUUGGGUUUUUCCACAAAAUUGCCGUCACCAGCCGGUCCCAGGCUGGGGGAGAAGCCGGGGAAACAGACCCAAAGGAGGCCGAAAAGGUGGUGCAGAACACCCUAGACACAAGCUACGAGUCCGACGAUUGGUCGAAGUCUAAGUUGGUUCCGCUCCCAACGUAUGCGCACGCGGUGAUUCCUGAGGACUUGGUGUUUACGGGCGAAAAGUUGCCUGCCACAUUGACUUUCCAAAUCGGGGAUGUGUUGGAUCCGAUGGUCCGGGCCCAGCUUCUCACCAAUCCAGGCGCUCCCACCUUGGCCCUCAAGCCAAAGAUGUUGUCUCUGACGUGCCAUUUGGCGGCUGAUGGUUGGAUCGACUGCCACGCCAUGGACAUUGUAAGAAAGAUCAUACGGUACAAAUUGAAGCGGAUGUUGUACGACUUGCCAAUUGAGGAGAAGGUGUUGAGCUCCAUUUUGGCCACAAAGGCUGGGGAGGGCCAUGACGAUGACGACGAAGAGGGCGACAUGGACGAGGAGGUUGUCGAGGAGGAGGACGAGGAGGACGAGGAAGAGGACGAGGACGAGCAAGAGAGCUUACAGAAGGUGAUUCCGGGGGUGGAUGAGGACGAGGAGGCGGACGAGGCACCGAUUGCCAACGUCUUUGAGGAGACCGGUACUAAGGAAGAGGAUGACGAAGAUUUUAAUGAGCAGGAUAUCAUGACACGGUUGAAGAAGGUCAACCCCGAGGCCGCGCAAAAGUUGGCGCAGCUUGCCGGGUUGUUGAAGCACGAGGAUCUCAUGUAGUGCUGGAUUACAAUGGGUUUUAAAAUAUACUAAUGGUUGAGAAGUUGUAAUUUUAUCACAUAUUUAAAGAGUACCGGGUUUUACUGGUGGGUAGGGAAUUUGGUUAAGGAAUUGGAUACGUAUUACAUGUAGUUUUUUAC